AAGGCUGAGACACUUUACCAGGAAGAGUCGGUACCAGGAAGUCAGGCAGACGAAUGCUGGAAAAUCUCAGGAAAAAACAUAAAACUGGAAGAGUGAGUGUGAUUUAAAGAGUAUACGCUGGUCUGGAUGGAUGAGGAGUGGUGGUGCACACAGAAGACAUCAGUGGACGUCACACUGGACCCUUCACUCCCACAGUAAUGUGUCCAUCUGCAGAAGACAUAUGAAAUAAAUGAAUGGAUGUUGAAUACGAGUAGAGUCACAGACCUGAUAUCAUCUGCAUUCACCAGACCAACAGAUGGACCCUGAAGCCAACAGAACUAUGGAGGUGGUGGCACUGGGCCGACCAUUCGGCCUCGGGAUGCUGUAUGACUGCCGCAGAGACUCACUCAUCCCUGGAAUGACUCUGUGGGACCAGAAUGACCUGCAGAAAUAUACAAGGGAACAACCCAGCCCUAACAGUGACUUUGAGAUAGUUGCAUCUGAGUCAAUUGAGGAUAAAUUAUCAGCACUAAAUGUUGAAGCGUCUCUUAAAGCAAGUUUCUGUGGUGGUUUGGUAAAAGUUGAAGGAUCAGCCAAAUAUCUGAAUGAUCAGAAGACCUCUAAAAAACAGGCCAGAAUGACACUGAAGUACAAAACUACCACAAAGUUCCAGGAACUGUCAAUGAAUCAUCUUGGAAAAGGAGAUGUGAAACAUCCAUACGUUUUUGAACAAGGUUUAGCAACUCAUGUAGUCACAGGUAUUCUUUAUGGGGCACAAGCCUUCUUUGUGUUUGACUGCGAAGUUUCAGAGACAGAAAAUCAUCAAGACAUUCAGGGCAACUUGAAAAUGAUGAUCAACAAGAUACCAACCAUUCCUAUAGAUGGUGAAGGUUCCCUGAAAAUGGAAGAUGAGGACAAAGCGAAGGUUGAGAAAUUCUCGUGCAAAUUUCUUGGAGACUUUUCUCUAACAAAAAAUCCAGUGUCCUAUUCGGAUGCUGUUGAGGUCUACCAAAGCCUGCCAAAACUACUGGGAACCAACGGAGAAAAUGUCGUACCAAUGAAGGUCUGGCUGUUACCACUGACAACUUUAGAUUCUAGUGCAGCUAAACUGGUCCAUCAGAUAAGUAUCAGAUCAGUUCACCAAGCACAGAAACUCCUGGAGGACUUCAUGGAGCUGGAAAUCAGGUGCAAUGAUGCACUGAGUACCACCACCGCACAGCAGUUCCCACAAGUCUGUAAAAAGAUUAAAACAUUUAAAGAAAUGUGCUGUGAGUUCAAGCUGGAGUUCCAACAAACUUUGGCCAAGAAGCUUCCAUCGAUCCGAGGAGGAGGAGAAAAGGAGUCUGAGCUGGUAGACGUGCUGAAGAAGAAACUUGCUUCACCUUCAACAGAGACCAACAAAGGGCUACAGGAACAUGGGUUUCCAUAUCAAGGAUCUAGUAGUACAGAUAUGAAAUGCGUGUAUGAAGGGGUAAAACUCUUCAAUGAUUCUGCAGAGAAGUACAAGGAGAAUGAGAAGGUGAAGUUCGUGACAGUGGGUUUAACCAAUGAGAGAUAUAAAGGUUCAAGCAUCUACCUUUAUAAAGAAGGCUUUCUUGUCAAUGAGAACUGUGAGCCACCUUUAAAUCUUGAAACUGUGACAGCAGGAGACACCAACCACAACAGUGUGACCCUGAAGAUUUCUCCUCCCAGAUAUGGAGCCGAGAACACCAGUGCAGUCAGUGAUUUCAUUAAAACGUUACCUUACAUCAGAGAUUUUCAUCCAGAGAAGACAAAGCUCAGUAAAAGACUUGUUGAUGCUGUUAAAGUAAAAAGCACUCUGUUGAAAUCUGAGGAAGGACCUCUCUCUGUUUAUAAGAUUCCCCUGAAAGAACAACGAACCAGUGUAUGUGGUUGCAGAUGGUUCAGUUUUGGGGAAGACGUCACAAAACACAGUCGUACCAUAAUGGUUCUUGGAGCAACUGGUGCUGGGAAGUCAACUCUCAUCAGUGGGAUGAUCAACUACAUUCUAGGUGUUAAAUGGAAGGACUCGUUUAGGUUUAAGUUAGUUCAUGAGGAUCAGUCACUAUCUCAGGUUCACAGUCAGACCUCUGAAGUCACUGCAUACAAAAUCAACCACCAGGAGGGGUUUAACAUCCCCUACUCUCUGACCAUUGUGGACACUCCAGGUUUUGGAGACACCAGAGGAAUAGAAAGAGACAGAGAGAUCACACAGCAGAUACGUAAUCUAUUCUCUUCUGGACAUGGUGUCACUGAAAUUGAUGCAGUGUGUGUUGUAGUUCAGGCUGCUUUAGCACGACUCACACCAACACAGAAAUAUGUGUUUGACUCAGUGCUCUCAAUCUUUGGCAAAGAUGUGGCAGAAAACAUCAGAGUUCUGGUCACAUUUGCAGAUGGCAAACAGCCUCCAGUUCUAGAGGCGAUCAAUGCUGCAGGUGUCCCAUGUCCUAAAACUAAGAACGGGCUGCCACUUCACUUCAAAUUCAAUAAUUCAGCCUUGUUUGCAGACAACAAAUCUGCAGCUCACAGCAUGAGUGGAGGUGAUGAUGAUGAUGAUGAUGGAGGAUUUGAUCAGAUGUUUUGGAACAUGGGGAUAAAAAGCAUGAAGAAGUUUUUUGGUGCUUUGAAUCAAGUAGAAACUAAAAGUUUGACACUGACAAAGGAGGUCCUCAGAGAGAGACAACGGCUUGAGAUUUCAGUCGAAAAUCUGCAGGUGAAGGUUAAAGUUGGUUUAGCCAAGAUGGAGGAAAUGAAAGAGACAAAAGAAAAACUGAAAGAGUUUGAGGCAGAGAUCAACAGAAAUGAGAAGUUUGAGUUUGACGUGACUGUCACAAAGCCUUUUAAAGAGGACAUUUCUGGUUCUGGAAACUACAUCACCAACUGUCAGACAUGUCAUGUCACCUGUCACUACCCUUGUCCUAUACCAAAUGAUAGUGAUAAAGUUCGCUGUGUAGCAAUGGGACAAGAUGGAUACUGUAAACAGUGUCCAGGCAAAUGUUACUGGAAUGUACAUUUUAAUCAGAAGUACAAAUGGGAGUAUAAAGAAGUUAAAGAAAAACUAACUGUGAAAGAGCUGAAGGAAAAAUAUCUUAAAGCCACAGAAGCUAAGAAACCUGUUCAGACAUUGGUUGAUAAACUGAAGGAUGAAUAUGAUCGUAUCCAGGGUGAGGUGGUGAAUCUGAUAAAGGAAUCUGCCAGAUGUCUGGACAGACUGAAAGAGAUAGCACUGAAACCAAACCCUCUGUCCACUCCAGAGUACAUUGACAUGUUGAUUGAAGGAGAGAAAGCUGAGGCCAAACCAGGCUGGAAGAAACGAGUUGAGUCUCUUGAUGAAGAUGAAACAAAAAGCAGAGUUCAUGGCUAA